AAGAAUACUUUAGAGACUUCUGUUGAACAUCCCUCCUCCACGCAAAACAUGUCUGAUUUGUCGUACAACAAACUCAAUGUAACGGAUUCUUUGGAGGAACUGUCUGAACACAUCAAAAAGAUGAAUCUGCUGGUGACGGAUGUAGACAAGUUGAACAAACGAGUUGGAACCGUCACUGAUACAGAAGAGCUUUGGGUUAAACUAAGUGAAAUCCAUCACACGUUUCAGAGAAGAGUGUCCAUUUGUCAGCGAUCAGUGAGCAGUAUAUCCUAUGUGCGGGGGUUGUCCAAAUAUGAGGCAAUACAGACCAGCAGAUUCAAACAGGAGCUCAACGACGUCGUCUUACACUACACUAAGCUUCAGAAACAGAUAUCAUCGCGGGAGCGAGGUGUAAUAAAGCGGUCUCGCCACAACAGCGGCAGAUCAUUGCCCGACGAAGAGCCUCAAGCACAGCUCUCGGAAUGUUGGCUGGACGGUCAGGAGAUUCUCGAGCGGGAACAACAUAUCAAGAAAAUCGAGGAUGAUAUGGUGACCGUAGCUGAUAUCAUGAAACAAAUUGGAUACAUGGUUCAUGAUCAAGGGGCUGAGAUAGAUAAUAUAGAAGCUCACAUAGCCGAGUCACAUAGAACAGUAGAUGAAGGAACCAGUCUCUUGGGUAAAGCUGAACGCUAUCAGAAGACAAGAAGAAAAAGGCUUUGCUGUCUAUCAGUCACUUUUAUCAUUAUUCUCGUAACAAUUAUCAUUACUGUUAUUAUUGUGCAGAAGACAAAGUGAUCAAAUUUGUAUUACAAUCUAUGAUGUAUAAUCUAUGGUAAAGAGUUAGAAUUUUGAGAGCAUUUUUAGCAGAGUUUUUGAAAACUGCAUUUUUGAUGAGAUUUAUUUAUUUCUAUGUUGGUGCAAUGUGGUUUAGAUACGAAAGGUUGAGUGUUUAUCAUUGUUGUCUUUGCAUGAAACGAUUUCCGUUGUACCUCACACCGUAGAUCGACUUCCUAUGUUAUACAAUCGAGAACGCAUGUGAAAGCAAACACACGAAUUCCAUACUAUAUGAAUAAUGUGUUGUAAUUUUGACAUUUUGAACAUUUAAUUUACAUUCCAAACAUUUAUGUGAUAUUAUAUAGGAGAUUUUGUGAAAUUUUCUUGAACCGCCUAGCUGGAUCUAGGCGACAUUUUU